GCAUCUGACAGCAUCAACACACCAGAGCAUGCUCAAAGUCUCUUCUUCCCUCCAGCUAAAAUGACAGCCUUCUUGGCUGUAGUUUAAACACUUUCCUGCUUCCGUGAGCACAGCGAGCUUGCUUUGGAUGACAGUUUGGGGGACUUCAAGCUUCUGCGCAGGAAUCGGAGAAGGAACGAAUGUUUGUGAUGGCUUCGGACCAGGAAAAGAUCAGAGAGCGCAUUAAAGAGCUUCUGAAAAAACCUGGGAAUGGAAACUGUGCCGACUGCGGAGUUGCAGACCCAGAGUGGGCAUCCUACACCCUGGGGGUGUUCGUGUGUCACAGCUGCUCAGGCCUCCAUAGAAACAUUGCUCAGAUCAGCAAGGUAAAGUCUCUGCUGCUGGAUCCCUGGAGCUCUUCUGAGUUAGAGUUUAUAGAUUCUGUGGGGAACAAUGAUGCCAAGGCUAAAUAUGAACAGAUAGUGCCUGCCUUCUACUAUCGUCCCACGUCCAAAGAUUGCAUGCUCCUACGGGACCAGUGGAUCCGAGCCAAGUACGAGAGGAAGGAGUUUAUGUGCGUGGAGAUGCAGGAGCCCUACUCAGCAGGCUACAGGGAAGGAUGCUUGUGGAAGCGAGGAAGAGACAACGGACAGUACCUCAGCCGAAAAUUUAUUCUGACUGAACGUGAAGGUGUCCUUAAAUACUUCAACAAGCAUGAUGCCAGAGAGCCCAAAGCAAUCAUGAAGCUCAACACUGUGAAUGCUACUUUCCAGCCAACUAAAAUUGGCCUUCCUCACGGGCUGCAGAUUACCUAUUUGAAAGAUAACAGCACCAGGAAUGUCUUUGUUUACCAUGAGGAUGGGAAGGAAAUGGUGGACUGGUUCAAUGCAAUCAGAGCGGCAAGAUAUCACUACCUGCAGGUGGCAUUUCCUGGUUCUCCAAACUCUGAGUUGUUGCCAAAGCUCACCAGGAACUACAUAAAGGAGGGUUACAUGGAGAAGACUGGCCCAAAGCACACUGAAGGCUUCAAGAAGAGGUGGUUUACAAUGGAUGACAGGAGGCUCAUGUACUUCAAAGAUCCUCUGGAUGCCUAUGCACGAGGUGAGGUUUUCAUCGGCAGUAAGGAAAACAGCUACACCGUCCUUCCUGGCCUCCCUUCUAAUGUUCAGGGGACCCACUGGCCAUUUGGGAUUACUAUAGUGACUCCAGACAGGAAGUUUCUUUUCGCCUGUGAGACUAAAGAGGAUCAGAAAAACUGGAUGGCAGCAUUUCAGAUUGUUAUCAACAGACCGAUGCUGCCACAGGAGUAUGCCCUGGAGGCUUAUUUUAAGCACAAGCGAUGAUUGUCCCUCUGCUGAAAGUGCAUCUCACAGUGGAGACAAAAACUGAUGUUUGAUCCACAGGUGAAAGAGCUUUAACAACCCCUCUUCUUCAUCAACCACUUUGACCUUAGCAACAACAGCAGCCACACCCAUUUCUCUAAAAACAUCUGUCACUCCAAAGCUCCUGGAUGCUAGGACAAGUACGCUCCUAAUAUAACAUGCUCAUUUGUUGUGUGAUGUGACCUACAUACUUGAAACAGGACAAAACUGUUGCUGCUUGGAUGUGAGGAAACAUCAUUGUCUAAUUUUAAUUUACAUUCUAUAAUAAUCAACACUGCAAUUACUGGUCUUUACUGCAAAUGAAUGAAGUGUGGACCAUUUGACAGUAAUAUGAAGACUGCAAGAAUAAUAUGACACAAGACUAACAAGGUGUAGAUAGUCUCACAUAUGCAUGUUAUAUGUUCAAGUGCAAUUGUAUUUAAUUAUUUAUUUUUUUAACUGUUUAAAUAGAUAUGCAAUUCCUGUAAUAUUGUAAUAUCAAGCACUGAUUUACUUUUUUUUUCAAUUAAGCAGCUUCAUGUUAAAUCCAGGUUUUCAUUGCAGUCUUUUUAUGUUAAUGGGUGACAUGUUAUUGCAUUUUCCUACAGCAGAGGGAGACAAAUUAAAAAUUUAACAAGUGUUACCCUAAAAUCUCCAGCGGCUCAUUUAUCUCACCUAACUGGUGCCCGCAGGGCAUGAACAGUGAAUAGAAAGGCAGGGGGACGUUUUAUUAUCAGCUAUGGUUCCUUUAAAAUCUGUUAGCGCCAUUUUAAUAUCUGCAUUGUUUUUAAAUGCUAUUGUUUAGAUCAAGGACAGAUUAUGGAGCAAAAACCAUCUGUAUGAAUGUGCGGCACAGGGGGUGUGCAGGUUAAAGGUUUUUAAGAUCCAGAUUGAGUCUACAAAUGCAAAUGUUUAUUAAAAAAAUACACAUUUUUGUCUUCCCCAAAGAAUAGAUUUUAUUUUGUUAACAGAUACAAACAUACAAGUUUGAAUGUUCUUAAGAAAACAUGGCACUAUAUAUCACACUUAUAUUUAUAUUCAAAUAUCACAACAACACAGACAUUUACAUAUACUGCAUAAUAGGGAUGUCCAUGAUCCAGAUUUUUUUUGGUCCCCAUUUCUGAUGUCAGUUAUUCAAGAUUAGGCAUUUGCAGAUACAGAGUCAGAUUCUUCAUUAACAAAUAUAGCAUAUAUAUGCUUGAAAACCAGUUAGCUUUAAAACGCACAACAUACGUCUUAUCUAAAAUGUGCUUGUAUUUAUUUCUUUCUAAAUAUAAAACUGACCUGAAGCAUAUAGUAAAAGUCUUCGGUAAACUCACAUGUUGUCCUAUCUGAUGAUAUUUUACUGCUGAACAGUUUUUUUCUAUAUUAAAAUGAGUUUUGUUUUGAUAUGACCUGUAGAUAAUUUGGCUCGUAACAUAUUUCACUUUGAUUUUCAAAACUUAGAGAAAAAGGGGUUCUGCUGCUACAUAAGCUUGGCGCUUUGCUUUCAAUGUCAUAAAAUUUAACAAGAAGUGGUUCCAAGUCUCUUUCUUCCAUAAACCAAGAGCUGUUUUGGUGUAUCUGAGAGCAGCGCACAGACCGUGGCUGACGAAAUAGCAGACAGUAGACCAACAGGUAUCGGGAUUUGAGCUUUUUCAGGGACUUGGAUCAGCACAUCCAUAUUUCUAAUACAACAUGUAAGAUAACUUCACAGGUAACUCCAUUGAAAGUACUAUUAGGGUUUACUAAAACAUCUAAAUGUGGGGAAAAUCAGUAUUUACAAAAUUUUUGACAUAGUUUAAUGCCUGUUGUUUACAUAUAGUGUAUUUAAACAUUAGACUUUUUAUCCAUGCAUCCAUUUUCUAUUCCUGCUCAGCUUCAUGGUCAUUGAGAUGCUGGUGACUAUCUCGAAUGGUUAGCAGGUGAGAGGUGGGCUAUAUCCUGGACAGGUCACCAAUUCCUCACAAAGCCAACACAUGACAUGUGGGGCAAACAACCAUUUACACACUCACUCACACUUCAGGGUGAUUUAAAUUCUCCAAUUAACCUAGCAUGCAUGACUUUGGACUAUGGGAGGGAUACCCAGAAAGAACCCAGUCAUGCACCGGGAGAACAUGGAAACCUCACAUCAGUAAGACCCCAGCUGCAAUUCAAGUCCAAGAUUCUCUUGCUGUGAGGAAACAGGUCUAACCACUAUCCAAAGUGCUACCUCAAUUAGGUUUUAGAUAAAGAAAAAAAUGUAGUAGAUCAUGACAAAUAGAAGUUACCAAUGCAAGAUAGAUAUUUGUACAAUUAAGAGUUUUCAAGCUCUUCUCAUCAGUAACUUGGUAUCCAAAAUAGCAGCUUUUGCUGUGUGAUGAAAGGAUGCAAAUCCCUAAAUUAUCCACCCAUGAAUAAUCAAAAUAUUCUGAAUUAGUGCUGGUAAGUCAACCGGACUUUUUGGAGCCUGCUAAAUCACUUCUUUGAUAAUUGAAACACGGACAGGAGAAACAUUACGACAUCUAGUUUUAAUGUAAGUUAACAUUUUGACAGAAGCUGCCAAUAUGGAUAUAAACAUUAACAUGUGGGAAAUAAGCUGCCUGACAAAACAAGCAUCUUCUCAACAAAAAGAAGGAUAUUGUUAUGAUUAAAUUAAUUUGAAUAAAAGUAAUUACACAUGGCAAAGACUGUACAGCUGCAUUGAAAAGUAAAAACGUUUACUACUAACAGGCAGCCAACUGAGCUGUUCUAUCUUUUAUAUGUUUAAUCUUAACCUUGGUCUCCAUUCACAUUUAAAGAAACAGGGAGGUGAAGAGAAGCACGAUAAAAACAAAUGAAAAGAAGACAAACAAAAGGUUAACAAGCUUUUACGACUGUAUAGAGGUGUCCAGAAAUGAUUUCCAACAUUAAAACGAUGAUUGAUCAGCACAUGAACACACAUUUUCAGCCUAUUAGGUCCUGC